GAGAUGAUAUUUGCAGGGAACAGACCUUUAAUCUAGCUGAUAUAACGAACAGACAGUAUGUACGGCGACAUUUACCAAUCAACCAACUCCAGUUCUAAGGGGACAUCUUCUGAUAAUUCUUUGGAUGCAGUUGAUUUCAAGAUGAAAACAACCGACACUGCAUUUGAAGCUUCAUCCCUUUCACCUAUGGAUGGCGAGUCUGAUAGCUAUGACAUCGGCAGAUAUAUUCAGCAUGAUAACCACCUGUACAAUUCAGAAAAGGAAUUUACCAGCAUUCCGAGUGCAAAACAGUUUCGAUUUAUUGAUUUUGAGAAAAGGAAUCUCCGAUGUACACAUUGUACCUACGUUACUGACAGAAAAAAUAAUCUUAAGCGACAUAUCGUCACAAUGCAUCAGGAGUGCCCCAAAACUUUGGACUGUUGUGGAAUAGUGUUCCGAUCAAAGGCUGCGCUCCGUGAGCAUGUGUCUUUUCACCACAGGGGAGGCUAUCGUUGUCAAAUCUGUGGAAGGAAUUUUUGCCGGAAAGCGUUACUCAGACGACAUCUUACGGUUCAUAGUGGCCAAAAAGACUACCGAUGUCGGCAUUGUGCAUAUGCAACAAGUCACAAAAGCAACCUAGAACGACACCAAAAGGUACAUGCAAAAGAUGCAGGCAAGCAUGGUUCGAUUACACAGAACAUUUUCGAGGACGCCUUUGACAAUAGAAAACCUAACAUUGACAAUGUGUCGCACAAGCUUGCGAAGUGGAGGUUAGAAACAGCGUCGUUACAGGAUGUGUUUUAUGGACAAAUAUGUAAAAAUAACGAAAAAGAAGAACACUUAAAAUUAAACGAGGAACAAAUUAUGCAACAAAAUCGCAUAUUCAACUGGAUGAACUUUAACAUGGCGUUCUCUUCACUAGGUAGGAAUCCCAUUCGAGCUCGCAAGGACCAAGAGGAGACGAUACCAGUUGACGUUAUAAGGGAUAUAAACGACAAUAUCGACAACGCGAAAGCUAAAUGUGACGAACAGUCGCCCUCGAAUCCCGAGAACGAACAAAAUUCUGUGAAGGAGUCGUUUGCAUUGUACCUCAAACGCUAUCUGAUGAACGAAACUGAUGAGAGUUCAAACGAUGAAACAAACGACGAAAACAAAAACAACGAAUCAGAAAAUAGCGAAAAUUUGCCAGUUGUUCAAGAUGCUCCAAAACUUAAGCGCUGCCGGCUCUCAGCAAAUCCAUACAAAUGUUCUGCCUGUGGAUCGACAUACGCGAGUCAGAAAGGUUUCCUGAAACAUGGAUGUGGAAAGGCUGUGAAGUCCGGACUGUACUUUCCUGUGACUAACAUGAUACAAAAAGGUGUCGCACUAGCAGAACAAAAUGCAAAAAUUAGCUCAGAGGAAUCUACGAGCCUACACAAUACGUAUUUGAAGUCAAGUGGAGCGAGCCCAUUAACAGAGACCACAGGAGUUAACAUUGAUAGCAAAGCGUUCUCGGAGAGCGCUGGUACAAAAUCAGCAUACACUUACAUUUUAUGAUACAAUGAGGAAGGUUCCUCAAAAACAAACGUUUCCUUGAAAUCGAACUGUAUUUUGGUUAUAUUGUUUUUAAUGAUUUCUUUUUCUAUCAGAACAUGUUUGCACGUAUGAUUGAAGUUACUUAGAAAAUAGACUUUUAGUAUUGUUUUGUGUGUUUCCUUUAUCGACUAAUUCGUUAUUGUUAUAGAGUAUGGAAUGGACAUCAGAUUUCCACAAUAAAAACAAUUUGAAAAACAGCUUAUCUUUCAGAACUACAAUUUGUACGUAUUUGAUUGGGCAAAGAGAUCAAAUUGUUGAUAUAAUCAUUGUUUCAAUAUUAUUGAAUAAA